AUGAUUCGCCCCGCGACCCCAUUGACGGUGAUGCUCUUCGCGGCAUUUGUGAUGCUCCUCCUUUCCGUGCUAUCUACGCCAUUGAUCAAAGGCGUCCCGCUCGGGUCUUUUAAGGGCUACAACUUUGGUGUCUUUGGUUACUGCCGUCCCGAUGGCUCCUGCACUGGCGUCGAGCUGGGUUACGAUACCUCAUCCUUCUUCUCCUCUACGGAGUCGGCCACGUUCGACCUGCCAGGCUCGACACGCGCAACCUUGUCGACCGUCCUCGUGCUCCACCCUGUCGCCGCCUUCCUAACUUUGGUCAUGUUGAUCUUGGCCAUCACCGCCCACUUCCACUCCGCUUCGCACUCCGCUCGCUACCUCCUCUUGGUUUUCAUCAUCAGCAUCUUCACAUUCCUUGCCGCCCUCCUGGCCUUCCUUAUCGAUAUCUUGCUCUUCGUUCCCCACAUGGCCUGGGGCACCUUCAUCGUCCUGGCUGCUGUCAUUCUCAUCGGCCUCAGCAGCAUCGUCGCCUGUGCCAUGCGCCGUACCGUCGUAGGCCGCAAGUCGCGCCAGCGCCGCAUCGCCGCUAACGCCGAGAUGAGCGGUGAGAACUUUUACAACCGCCAGGCCCAAACCGCCGCCGCCGUCAACGCUGCCAAUGCCAGCAGCGUCAUGGCUGAGUCCCAGUCCCCGGCACCCCGCCAGCCCGCGCUGCCCCGAAUUGGCGGACCCGGUAGCAACGGCGACUCCUUCGAGAAGGGGGACGCCGCCAGCAGCGACGAGCAGAUCCCCCUUACCUCCCAACCCGCCCAGCUGUCCAACCGUUACUCGCAGCAGCGCAACCAGUAUGGUGGCGGCAGUCCCGAGGCCAUGAUGAUGUCGGGUGCCGCUGGUGCAGCUGCUGGUGCCGCAGUUGGUGCCGCGGCUGGCCAGCGUCGGUCGAUUCAGCGCGAUGCCUACGGCAAUCCUCUGCCGUACGGCAGUAACCCGGCCAGCCCACCGCCCCAAGAGUACGGUGUGCGCCACGGUCCGUCGGUAGAGCGGAUGAACAACAUGUCUCCCGGACAAAGAGGUCGCGGUGGAGGACCUGGCCCUGGCUAUCGUGGUGGCCGCGGCGGCGGCCCGGGCUAUAGCCCGUACGGUCCUGGUCCUGGUGGUCGUGGGGGCUACGGUCCACCGGGUGGACGUGGUGGGUACGGUGGUCCUCCGCCAAAUGGCAGAGGUAGAGGUGGAUAUGGCGGUCGCGGUGGCUACGCAGGCCCCGGCCGUGGCCGGACACCACCUCCGGGCUACCGGUAUGACCAGGCCGAGGCCUACAGUGGUGGCACGCGAGGCUCCCCGGGCCCCAAUGGCUACUACGGCAACCCUUCUGGGACAAGCUUAAACGAUGGCGGCAUGGGUGGCGGCAAUGGCUACACUGCCUACCGCAAUGAGAUUCCUUCGUCCACAUCUGGCGAUCUGCCGCGCGCAGAAUCCCCGCCGCCGCUACCAGAUAACAUUGGUGUCGCAAACGUCAGCGCCGCCAGCCCACGGGACCAGGCUGUUGAGAUGGAUGCGACCACGCCUCAACCGCAACACCAGCAGGUGAGCCGCUUUGCCGAGGCUGACGACGACAUUGCGGGCAUGGUGAGCCUGCAACAAGGGCGGACAUCUCAGGUCAGCGAGGCGGGGAGUACUGGUCAGUACUUGCCCCCACGCGCUGCCUGGAAAGCACAAAAUGGUAGUGCCGCCAACUCGCCAGUGCAUGGAGCCUCGGAGCUCCCCGAGGACCGGCCAGCCACUUCAGAGGCUUACAUCGAGGAUGUUGACCCGCGCUUCGCUGAACCGCAGCAGAGCGGUCUGGCUGCCCAGCCUCGCAAGAACCUGCAGCCGCUAGCCAUGAACGCCAACAACAACUCCUACGAAGACAUGCCUCAGGGCUCCCGGAGCCCAGCCGAGUCUGAGCGGUCGACUUUCACCUCCAUCUCCCAGCGCGGCAUCAACCCGCGCUGGAACCCACCACCACCAAACCUGAUGCCCGGAUACGGCGGCGGUAUGGGCGGCAUAGUCCCGCGCCGGCCAGUGCGUGACACCAACGAGACUCUACUGAACAGCAAUCCGGACUUUUCAUUGCGCGCCGGAGGUCGACGGCCACCAGGCGGGCCCCAAGGGCCCAGCACAAGCACCUCCGGCGGUACCAGCGGCAUGAUCCCUGGUAGUGCAUACCCUGCGCUGUAG